AUGGCCUUAACCCUCAUAUACUCGAUUCAAAACAUCACUUGUUCACAAGGUGAUCAUGAUCAACUGGCUUUUAAGCACAUAAAACCCACGUUGCAUGACGGGAAACCAAUGGCCUCAACUCUGGCUAGACAAUUUCUUGAGCAACAAGAAAAGAACCCGAGAGCUGCUGAUCAUUGCCACAAGGACAACGAAAUAUGUCGCAUGGAAGGGAAAAACAUGACUUGUUGCAACAACAAGUGUAUGGACUUGGCAUAUGAUAAGCAUAAUUGUGGAGCGUGCAAGAAGAAAUGUGCUUAUACCGAGGUAUACUGUGGAGGGGAAUGUGUAAAUUCUUCGUAUGAUAAAAGGCACUGCGGGUCUUGUAAUAACAAAUGCAUGCAUGGGGAAUACUGUAUAUAUGGCACGUACCUAACCCAAUUUUUCAUGAAAUUCAUGUUUGAUUUGAUCUUACACAGUUAA